AUGAGAAAGCCCAGCCUUGCCUAUAAAAGCCUUCUUGGUUUCGUUUGGGGUUUGCCUCCCACAUCCCGCGUUCUGUUUUCUGCCAUGGCGAUCCAACCUGACCUGACGCUCGAAGAACGUGCACCGAGUAGUUCCAAUAACGUUACUAAGGACAGACCUACCAUCUCUACGAUAAUCACCACUACCACCACAACCGCCUCUGUUAAUCCAGACGCCCGCGAUGCGCAGGAUGAAGAGAAGGUUGUAGAGUCGUUAAACCAUGGCGUCAAACGUCCACGCACCUCCAAUGAAGAUCCUGGGACAAACGGUCCUUUGACCGUCACGGUCAUUAUCUCACAAGGAAAGAGCGGCCAUGCCACCAUCCACAGUCGUCCCAGCAAGCGUCCUCGAACUUCUUAUCACCAAGCGUAUCUCUAUCUCGAUCCCCUUCAAAAUUAUCAACGAGGUCCUGGUGGUCAUGAGGUCCUCAAGCCCACAUACCGAGACUCCAAAGGGAACACUGCGUUGGGAGUCCUUUUAUCGAGAUGGAUGACAACGCAGAUUCUAGGCCCGGAAUCAGAAAUCGACUUGCGGAGUCUCGAUAGAGUCACUACUCGCUCUAUCAGCCAAUUCGAGGCGAUAUUGAAACGUCUUAAUCCCUCAUCUACAGCUGUCUUCCUCGCGAUGUAUUAUGUCGAGCGUGGUGUCUCCGCCGGGUUAUCUUUCACGAGUGGGUUCAGUCUGAACAUAAGCAUGAAGGGUUCUUCUAGUCCGACCAUCGAGCAACUGGUGUUGUACAACACUUGGAUUUUCCUUAUCGCCUUGUUGGUUGCCACGAAUGUUAUAUAUCCUGACAGGAAAUUGUUGGGUCUGUGGGUACAAACAAUGCACUUGGAAGAACACCACAUCAAAACCAUGCACCGUCAAUUCGUAAUGAUGCUAGACGACCAGCUUACCAUUUCUGUCGACGCCUGGCAUUCCUUUAUCCACUCCCUCGAGUUAUUCAACAAAGACACCCGUACCCAUAACUCUUCCUCUUCUCGCCAGAUAGUCAGCGAUAUUCUCACUGACGAGAGUCGAGGUAGCGAUACAUCUCACUCUCGAUUCGUUGUACCUCUGUCUAUCGUUCGCGAAGGAGAAGAGGAAGAAGAGGAGGAACCACGCCGCGCUCCCGAGGACAUCCAACAUGUAGCGACAGUUUUGGCGAUCUUGUUGACACAUACGAUCAAUGUGACGUUUGAUAGGCGUGGCGUUCUUUGUGGUAGAGGUGACUCGCCGGUUGUUGUUGUGGAGAAGAAAAUGUCGCAAUCACCGCAGCGUGCAACUUCGAAGAUCGAAGGAGGAGAUCAAGUGAAGGCAAAGGCGAAUUCUGUGACUCCCAUGCCGCCAGUGUUUUCACUACCUCCUUCUGUGGUCACCGAGCAAGGUUCGGAAGCAUCUGAUGAUGAGAAGAAACUUGAACGAAAACCUAAUGAGCCCGAUACUGAGGAAGCUGUCCGGUUUUCGUUUCGGUAUCGAGAGCCGCUUGACAAAAAACCUUCGAUGAUGAUUGUCCCCAUCGAUGGGACAGUGCGCUCGGUGACGAUUUCCCAGCAUGCUGAAUGA